UAAAUGAAUUUAAUAUAUACAUAUUUACUAUAAUUAUAUGUAUAGUGGAUGAAGCGAGCACGCGUACGUGAUCUCUGAUCACCUCGUGUUUGGGACUUUGUGUCUUUUGACUGCUGUCAGUCUUGUCUACACGAGCAACCACCUCGCAGACGACAGGCACACUCGUGCAGGUGCAUCUCUUGUCACAAGCAGCAUGGGGCACACAGCUAGACAGGCAGCUAGAGACUACUGUGGUACUAUCUUGAUUAUAUGACUAUGUGUGACCACCUUGAAAAUUUCCAGGAAGGAUAUUGUAUAAAAAUAAUUUUCCACCUCAAGAAGACGCCGCGCUGCAACUACUUUGUGGUGGUAGGCGACAGGUGUUGUCACGUGUUAUCCUCAUCCUCUUUCGAACGACAGUUCAGCAAUGCCGUCUUCCGCACUGAACAAGAUGAAGCUCAAGCGCAAGACCUGUCCAGGCAGUCAAAGUGAAAAUGUCCGUGCGGAAGGAGGCCGUCUCAAAGUUUACCAGCAUGCAAUCACCGACGAAGCAGCAGCUCUUCUUACCUCUACAGAAAACAGCAUCCAGACUAUAACGAACCAGACAGGAGCCGAUCUCCAGUUUGAUGCUAGCCCGUCACCUGUACCAGGAAUGAAAAUACUUCUAGUCCGCGGAGAUUCAUCUGAGAUCCAGGCAGCAAUCAGUCUGGUCAGUCAAAAGACUGGUAAUAAGGAACACGAUGCCACGUCAAGCCCAGGAAUUCUGGGAAAGAUGGGCUGACAUCGCGUUUCCUGAUCUGGAAAACCGCCAUUACUUUGUGCCGCCUAUUUUUGUAAACCGCGUGCCGAUGGUCACAUGUUUGACUUGUAGUCAGGAGGUUCGUGUCCUUCAGCCAGAUACAUGCCUGUCUGGCCAGUCUGCUGUAAGUCCGGGUCACUCUGCCCAGCCUAUUCAGGAUAGCGAUGCCAGAGACGACGACGCCAUGCAGCGGGUAUUUGUCUGUCUACAGGCGUUGGCUGACCACAAUGGUGACACUCAGGUAGCACUUACUCAGCUUAUGUUUGGGAAUUACCUGGGGCAGGAAUCGUACGCUGCUGCAGCUGAACUGUUUCCCGACCCCGCUAGACCAGUCAGUUCCAUACUCCAUGAGAAAGGGGGACUUCGACGUACUCAUCAUUCACAAGCUCUAUGGCCUCAUCGUGUGUGAAGUGAAGGCGUUUAACAUCACCCACAUCAACCAGCAGGAUGUGGAUGGCCGCAUUAGAGAGAAACUCCGACAGGUCAUAUCUCAGUUAAACAAGGCGCAGGCGGUGUUGUCACAUGUCGUCUCGGACAUCGCUCCCGGCCUGCGCAUCACCAAGACAAUGAUUUUUCCUAACCUGGCUUCUUGUGAGGUUCAACGGUCUAUCGCUGGCGACACCCUCCUGAAAGAGGACCUUCGAAAGUGUCUGGACGCCACUUUGCCUGAUGAUGUCACUGGCCUGUGCCUCUUCUCUGAUCAGAUGUUUGACCUCAGGACCCCAGAAGAAGUCAGGAACGAAAGACUGGGGCAACUCACAGACUGGUGGCAACGACGUGUGACUAAACCUGGGCCUGACGGUCACAUGACCAGCGAGCUGUACAAGACACUUUUUGCCAGAUUUCUGUGGUCCAGCGACAACAGUGCAUGUAGCAUGCACGUCUUCUCCACGCAUGUGUAUCAAGACCCUGAGUGAGGCCGUGUGGUUCACAGGGGAUUGCUAUGCUCAGAUAACAUUGUUCCCGGAACAAGUUGAGUUGCUCAACUUGGCGCCUCCUAGGGUUUUCCUUACCGGACCGCCUGGCACAGGUAAAACCGUGGUGCUGCAACUGAUGGCUAUGGAGUGGCAAGUAAAUGGCAACGAUGUCCAUGUUUUGAGUACUUGGCCUCGAAGUCGCUCAGCGUGCAACAUGCUGUACCACCUUCUGCAGCAAACGCGAGGAAACAGCGAGGUGCCACUCGGCCGGGUUCUCUACAAACAGUAUGAUUUUAUUAACGGGAAGGAUACAGAACGGGCGGUGAUGGAGAUGACAAAGGAGGCUGGAGAUGGACCCUUGUAUGUCAUCGCUGAUGAAGUAGGGUAUGACGACAAGAAUGAAUUGGAGCACUUCAAACAUUUCUGUGACAAACUGCUUAGACAAGUGCCUGAUCUCCAUCUCUGGGUGGCAAGUUUUUAUCACGGACGUGUACCUCCUGCCUGGCAAGAAAAAUCUUUAACUAGACCUCUCCGCUCUCCACCAGCUGUGGUGAGAGAAGUGGCUAAGGACAGGAGAAUCGGAUCCAACUGCGACGUUUUGCCUUACAGUCAGCGGGCUGUACCCGACCAUACCCAAGGCCCCUCCGUCAGGUGGAUACGUCACCAAGGUCAUGGCCACACAGAGAGUGCCGAUCGUGACUGCGAGCUGUGCGGCCAGAAGGUGGUCAGCUUCCUGAAAAGUCUCCGUUUGGGUGCUCAGGCUUCCAAUAGCAACGACACAGCCCCACCCUCCCUGCAAUAUAAGGAUGUACUGGUGUUGUUCUGGGGUGCCUUUAAUGACAAGGCAACGGUAGUGAUGAAGAUAAUAGACGCUGGAAUUCCAGUGAAGGUGAUGAAGACUGAGAGUGAUGAAAUUGAUGUGGCCACUGCCAGUCAGAACGUCGUGUGGGUUGCUGAUGGAGCUCGUGUUCGCGGCCUGGAGAGAAAGGUGGUCGUGUGCCUGGGACAAGACCGAUUUCAUGCCAUGUCACGGUGUACAGCACAGCUUAGCUCAUUUCGAGCAACGAAAGAAGGGAGAUACUUGGGGUUGAAGGAGUCCGGACGUCAAGAGGAAGUCAUGUGUGGCGUAGGUUGUACUUCACGCCAAAGGUAGCGAGUACAUAUGGUACAUGUAGUAUAUACAGAAAAAAUACUAUAAUACAGUACAUACAGCAUAAACCACAUUCCGCAGUCCACACAGCAAACAAGCAGGAAGACAAAUCUGUAGCUCCAAGCACAUCCAGCAGACGUUCCAAAUUAUUCUAAGACCCCGUGCAGCCAUAAUUUUGAUGAAGUGACGCCCGUGCUAUCUCCAUAAUCGUCCUGCGACACGAGCUCAGUAAGAGUUUUCCGGCUUCUCGUUAAUGUGUUAUAUUACUGACAAUAAAUUCUUUGACUUUCUGCACGGAUUGACUUAAGUGUGUCUUUAACAAUAACUGACAAAUGUAUCAGCGGCAGUUGUCUUGUGGAUUCGUGUAGUUGUGUAUGUGACUUUAGUGACAUAAUCCAGCCUUCAGGUCUGUUUACGCUUAGAAUUAAGGCCUAUUCCCUUCAGGAAUACAAGAAGACAGAUAUUUGCAAAACCCAGGCGCAAACGGGAUAGUCUUCUGCAAGCGCGUGCUAAAAUUGUCAACAUGAAAGUGUCACUAGAUAAAUAUAAGUACUUGCUUUGUCGCGUUGCGUUCUGCUGCUAAGUCGUUUCUCUGCGAUUUGUCUACUUCCGAGCUCUUGAAUUGGGCGCAUUCAUUGCGGCGUAUGUGUAGACAAACAGACUUGAAAUCUAACGUAACGGGCUGACAACUCGGCGCCACGUUCCGGGUAUUGGGAGGGGGGGGGUGCCAGUGACGCUCUCUCUCUACACCCCCAUACCCGCUCUCUCUUUUUGCUUGCUAUUUUCCUCAACCUUUUCUCUCUAAUCUCCUCUGUGUGUGUGUGUGUGAGAUACUGCCACUCUACCCACCCGAAAGUUUGCUGUUAUCUCCAAUCAAACCUGCCACCCGGUAUACCUUCACUCCCGCACACUUGCACAGUGUUGCCACUUGCAAACCAGGUGUCAUCUGUACAGCAGUGUGUACCCGACAGAGCUGGAGGGCGUGCAGUGAUCCUCAAAUCGCACUUCGCAAGGUAGACUGAUUUCAUGACUUGACAAGAGCAUACUCAGCCGAUGCCUUCAGCGAGAGAAACCCGGAGGUCCAGCAGCUGUCCAUCAUGUCCGGCCAUCCACGACACGCCAGGGGCCGAGGCACGUCACAUGGACCAAGUCCUGGACCGUCACCGCAGGGACAUCAAAGGGGAGGCAGCAGUCGGGAGGUUUUUCUACAAGCACUGUCGGGGGCACAAGCUGACCUUCUCACCGGUCCAGAAAAUCGAAGGAAACUGAACGAGAUCGAGAGGAAGUCCGGUGCUGAUGUACACUUUGACCCCAGUCCCUCACCUGUUCCCGGCACGAAGAUUGUCGUCCUUCGCGGCUCUCGUUCCCAGAUCGAGGUGGCAGCCAGACUUAUUUGCCAGAAAACAGGCGCACAGGGAAGUAUCCUCUCGCAGACUCAAAGUUUCUGGGAAAACUGGGUUGAAGCUUCGUUCCCUGAACUCGACUCUCGCACCUACUUCCUUCCUCCCGUCUAUAUGAACCGCGUUCCGAUGAUAUGCGAGAUGAUCGCCGGACACCAGGUUCUCAUCCUGACGAACCCUGGGGAAGACCGUGUGGCUUGUCAGCCUCGCCCUCUCACUGCCGUUACUGUGGCAUCAGGCACCCAGGGUGCAACAGCGCAGCCUCCGCCCGUCCCGGACUGCUACGUCAGAGGGGACGCGGCGGUGGAGCGGGUGCUGCACUGCCUGAAGAAAAUGUCAGAAAAGACCGGCGAAGUCAUGGUGUGUCUGAGCGAGCUGCAGUUCUGGGACUACAUCGGCGACCCCAACUACUCCGCCGCAGCUGCACAGCUGCCCGUCGCCUCCACACUCCCCUCUACUUAUCCCAAGGCUUGGAGAAAGGGAGACUUUGAUGUGCUCCUCAUUCACCGGCUCUACGGCUUCAUUGUCUUCGAGAUCAAGGCCACUGGAGACAGGGUCACUGACCCUGCAGCAUCACCGCAGGACUUCGCCACGCAGAUCAGGAAGAAGCUGAAGCAGGCCGCGUCGCAGCUGGAAAAAGCGGCGGCCAUGUUGUCGCACCUGGUGUCGGACCUCCCCAGUUGCCCGCGCAUCACCAGGACCAUCGCCGUCCCCAACCUCACUGCUCGCCAGGUGCAACAGGUCAUCGCUGGCGACCAGCAAGUAGCACAGGAUCUGUGUCGAUGUCUAGGAAUAACGGAUCCUGCAGACAUCAGUGACCUCUGUCUCUGCUCGGAUCAGUUGUCCGAUCCUCAGACUCACUGGGAUGUCAAUGAGGGAGUGAUGAGGGAGCUCUGCCAGUGGUGGCUGCGACGUGUGGCUCGAUAUGGCACAGACUGUCACAUGACCAGUGACUUAUAUAAAAUAUUGGUGGCGAGAUUUUGUGGCCCAGCAACGACAAUGACUGUACCUGCAUAUCCGAACCGCGCCUGUGUAUCAAGACCCUGGGUGAAGCCGUUUCUUGGACAGGGGCGUUGUAUACUCAGAUAACACUGGUCCCGGAGCAGGCUUACUACCUGAGAA